AUGUCCACGGAUUCCUCCUCGGGCUCAAUGCGAAAAAUUGAGAAGUCGGCCUUGUCUGAAGUCGAAAAACCUCAACAAGAGAUUUGGUAUCUGCUUUUCGAGACCGUCUUCUUUCACGCAGCUACUUUUGUUUCCGUUGGAACAGAGACCUGGAACAUAUUCUCUCAAUUCACGUUUCGGAAGCUCUCAAUGACGUACAUAUUGCCAUCGGCCAACUGUGGCCCACAUUUUCUAAAUCCUUCGAUGGCGAAGAGACCUUUUGAGUAUCUUCUCGAGAAUCGACUCGCCCAGCUUCUUCAAUGCCUGGGCUGCGACUUGCAUCGAGUUUGCAUUAUUCGCAAAACCCUGAUGUUCAUAUGCAACCAAAGAGUAUCCGGAAUCGCGGAUAGUAUUGGAAUCCAACCUCUAUUAAACCACAUCUACUCUACUGGAAAGAAAGUGGUACUUAUGUCUAGGGGCAAAAGCAAGAACAGUGAUAGGGUUUACAGAAGCUAUUUCUGUUUCCCGGUAGAAACAGAGGAAAGGAAUCAAGUCUACGCUCCUCUAAAAAUUCCGAUUUAUAUAUAUGGCAUCUCAGAAUCUUUUGAUGCAAGAAAUCACGGGGAUAUUUUCGAAAUUGUAGGACAAGCUUUUAAGGUCAAAGACGAUCAAAUGUUGCGAGCGGUGAUGGAAGACUUGUCGUGCAAGGCAGAUGACAUGGUUCUUAUGAGGAACAAUGUACAUGACACUGAAUCUAUGACACUGGAUGGUAUCUUGCUGGUAGAUAUCCAGACAGUGGGGACGAGACCGCCAACCUUGUAUUCCACACAUGAAAUGCGGUACGGAGUCAAUUCACACACGACCCUGACACGUAUUUUGGCAGGCGAUUUGGACGUCUUGUAA